AAAAAGUCGUCAACCUCCACCUCCCUAUAUAAACCCACUAAAGUCCCUUUCUUUGCCUUCACAGUUUCCGUACACUUCCUCUCAUUCUCUUGCGAUCAAACCCUAGCUAAGACCCGCCAUUGUUCAGAGCUUUGGGGACCAAAUCGAAGCUCCAAAUCACUACUCAGACUACUCUUGCUCUCUAAUUUCAGGUUGGAGAUAACAUGGAUUCUGCUGCUGCACGAGUACCUGCUCCUGAUGCUGCUGAUGACCCAUACAAGUACUACAUCAUUUUGCACACAAUGCCUCAGGAACUCUACCGUUUCUAUCAAGAGAUCAGUAAACAUGGGCGUGUCGGAAACGACGGAGUGUUGCGCACCUUCUCCACAUUACGAGGUAUACGUGAGGCGCUUAAGGCACUGUUGACUUAUGGGAAUUUCAAACCAUGUGAGAUAACCAGUUAUGAUUGCCAAGCGUCUCUCGGUGGGGGUUUUCUCCUUGUGGUCAAUGGCAGCUUCCUUAUUAACAAUACCUUUAAAAGGAAAUUCACCCAAUCUUUCUUUCUUGCUCCCCAAGCAAAAGGGUACUUUGUUCUGAAUGACAUUCUCAUAUUUGUCAAUGAACCCGAGGCCGUCUACGGGGAAGUCUCUCAAACACCCACUCCUGUUACUGGUGUUCAGGGUUCUGUGCAAGCUACAUGCACUCUGGUGAAUUCUGUUAUAAAAGAGGAUGUUGAGGUUCCUGAGGUCGUCGAUGAAUAUGUUCCAGAUGUUGAGAUAGCUGACGAAGAAGUUACAGAUGAUUCACCGAAAGUUUCUGAUCCAGAUUAUGGAGAUGAAAAUGCCACCAAGAAAUCUUAUGCCUCUGUGGUUAAGAAGGAUAAAUCUGGAGUUUCAGUUAGCUCUUCACUGUCUCCAAAGAAGAUACUCAAAGGUCAAGAACAUGAGGCGCCUUCAGAUGUUUCUCCGGAGCAGAUACUCAAAGACCAAGGCCAUCAGGCGCCUUCAGAUCCUUCUCCGGAGCAGAUACUCAAAGACCAAGGCCAUCAGGCGUCUUCAGAUCCUUCUCCAGUGAUACAAUCUGAUGCAGUUUAUGAGGUUGUCGAUGCUACCGAAAAUGGGCACGAUCAGGGGUUUGAAGCGGUAGCUGAGGGUACAUCUGUUUAUGUGAAACAUCUUCCUAUUAAUGCUACCAUUGACAUGCUUGAGACUGUAUUCAAGCAAUUUGGAGCUAUUAUCAAUGAUGGGAUUCAAGUUGUAAACCAAAGGGUUGGUUAUCCUUUUGGUUUUGUUGAGUUUGAAGAGGCAGAUGCAGCUCAAAAGGCAAUUGAGGCUUCACCUCUAAGGAUCGGAGGACAGAAAGCUUUCGUGGAGGAGAAGCUAUCUACUGCAAGAGGUAACAGAGGAAGCGGAAACCGUUACUACGGAAAUAAAAAUGUGGGAGGCGGUGGUAACGAGUACGGAAAGAGAAAUGCUGGAGGAAGGGGAAACGGAUAUGGAUACGGAAAUAGAAAUGUGGGAGGAAGGGGAGGAGCAGCAAGUUAUGGAUAUGGAAACUAUUACAGGAGGGGAGGAGGAGGAGGAGGAGGAAGGUCGUUUAACCGUAGAGGCAAUGAAUACGUUGCCAGCAACAACACCUAUUAAACCGGAUUGGGAUUUUGUGGUUGAGGGGUAUAAGCCGGAUGAUCUAAUGAUGAUUGAUUUUUGGAACGGUGUCUCGUUCACUUUGCUAGUUAUAUAUUUAUCUCAGGUAUUGGAAUAAUAGUGAGGGAAUAAAAAAAUAAGAACAAUGAUUUGUUAAAGAUAUUAAUGUAAGACAAGUUUCUAAGUAUUAAUGAUUGUGCACUCGCUCCGCUUUUGGUUGCUUCUGAUU